ACAUCCAAUUUUGCAAACGCCUUCGACACUUCUGAAUUUGAUUUUAAAAAAUUUCCCCUCGCCAUUUAUUCCGGACUCUUCGCCUACUCUGGAUGGCAAUACCUGACUCAACUGACCGAAGAAAUUGUCAACCCUUCACGAACAGUUCCUUUGUCUAUUAUCAUGUCUAUGACAAUAAUAACCGUGGUUUACUUGCUGACCAACGUGGCUUAUUUCACAGUCCUAUCCGAGAGUGAGAUGCUGGCAUCUAGUGCAGUAGCAUUGGAUUUUGGACAGCGGGUAUUAGGAUCUUGGUGGUGGACUAUGAGUGUUGCUGUUGCUAUGUCAACCUAUGGAUCUUUAAAUGGAGGAGUUUUUGGAUUGGCAAGGUUCCUACUUGUUGCGUCACGUGAAGGUCACAUGCCUGCCAUAGCAUCGAUGAUACAUAUUGAUCGGAAAACCCCUUUACCUGCUGCCGCAUUACUGGUUCCCCUCUGCCUUUUGAUGCUGAUAAGUGAUGACGUAGGAAGCCUUAUCAACUACCUCAGUUUUACACGAUGGCUGUUUAUCGGACUCACGUGUGCUAUUAUACCGUACUAUAGAUGGAAAUAUCCUGAAUUACAUCGCCCGUUUAAGGUUCCUCUGGUUGUCCCGAUAGUUUUCGUGCUGUGUGCGUUUUUCGUAGUUGGUAUGUCACUAUACAGCAGUCCUGUAGAUUGUGGUAUUGGUUUAGGAAUCAUGUUAGCCGGGAUACCAGUCUAUUACCUGUGUGUUUGGUGGGAGAAUAAACCAGAUUGGAUCAACAAUAAAUUGGAUCGAGCAACCAUAUUUUUACAGCAGUUCCUCUUUGUUGUGCCCCCGGAGGAAGGAGACGACUAGAGACCGUCGCAUGAACUCAAGGCCGUACACAAUUUUUUCCCUAUAAGGCCGGGGCAUGUAAAUAUAAUAUGUAAAUUCCUCGAAAGCAUACAAAGCGAGGGAACAAAAAAGCUAAGGUUAUCACAAAGGAUUUGAUGCAGCCUUUACCUAAUUUAUUGAAUUAAGUGAAUGUUGUGAGAUUGCACUGGACAGAAAAAGAUGGAAAACCAUGACAUCCAACCUCUUCAAAGAGAAGGAACAGUGGUAAGCUAACGUAGAUGGAUAAAUGGACAAAGAAAUACAUUCAAAUUGGUCUAGUGGUUACGACUCACGUCUUUCAAUCAGAGGGACGUGGGUUCG